AUGGAAAUUUUAGAAUCAAUUGAUUUUAUUGAAGUUUUAAUUUUAGAUAAUUUAGGAGCGAUUAUUAUUGUUGCAGUUAUAGUGGGUACAUACCUUUAUAUGAACAAACCACCACCACCACCACCAGUAUUUAAUAAACCAAACAAUAAGAUCAACAAAGAAGCACAAAAACCAAAAAAGACAAUCACAAAGAAUGAAGACGGUAAAAAGGUGAUGAAAAUAUUCUUUGGUACACAAACACGUACAGCCGAAGAUUUCUCAAGAAUCAUUGAAAAAGAAUGUAAAAAGAUUGGUAUCCCAUGUGAAGUUGUAGACUUGGAAUCCUAUGAACACGAACAAGAAUUACAUAGUGAAAGUUUUGUAAUGUUUUUAGUUGCAACUCAUGGCGAAGGUGAUCCAACCGAUAAUGCCAAAGAAUUCUACCUUUGGUUAACAAAUGAUGAACGUCCAACCGAUCUUCUCAAUGGUGUACCAUUCACUGUAUUUGGUUUAGGUAAUAAAACUUAUGAACAUUACAAUGCCGUUGCACGUGUUAUCGAUAGAAGAAUGGAAGAAUUAGGUGGUAAAAGAGUCUUUGAAAGAGGUGAAGGUGAUGAUGAUGCAACUCUUGAAGAAGAUUUCAAUCGUUGGAAAAAAGAUAUGUGGCCUGUAGUUUGUAAAUUCUUAGGUUAUGAAUUAAAAUCAACUGAAGAUGAUAAAUUCGUACCAAGAUUUAGAAUGGUAACUUUAAAUCAAGAUAGUAAAGAUAUUAAUGAUCCUUUCAUUAAAAUCGUUUCAACUCCAUUAAAACCAAAAUUAUCAACUGAUAAUAAAGUAAUUUAUGAUAUGAAAAAUCCAUAUUAUGCAGAGGUUUUAGAAAAUAGAGAAUUACAUUCAAAUGAAUCUGAUAGAUCAUGUAGACAUAUUGAAUUUAAAUUGGGUGAUGAAGUUAGUUAUACAACAGGUGAUCAUUUAGGUGUAUUCCCAAUUAAUGAUAGUAAAUUGGUUGAACAAUUGAUAAAGCGUUUGGGUGUCAAUGGUGAUGAUAUGAUUGCAUUGGUACCAAUUGAUCAAGAGGGUUCAGUUAUUAAAGCAAGCUUUGGUCCAAUGACAAUUAGAAGGGCAUUCUCUGAACAUUUGGAUAUUACAAAUCCAGUACGUAAAUCAGUGUUACGUGCAUUGGCAGAGUCAACCACUAACGAAGAGGAAAAGAAGAGAUUAUUAUAUUUAGCAACCGAAGAAGCAAACGAAGAAUACAAUAAAUAUAUUAAAAAUGAUUUCCGUGGUGUCGUCGAUCUUUUAGAAUCUUUCCCAGGUCUUCAACCUUUGAUUGCUCACUUUUUAGAAUUUACACCACGUCUACCAGCCCGUAUGUACUCUAUCUCCUCUUCACCUCACAAUAAGAAUGGCGUUGUUUCAAUUACCUCUGUAGUGGUUAAUUUCACAACUGGUAAUCAAAGAGCUCAUAAUGGUGUCGCCUCUACUUGGUUAUCUCACUUAAAAGUUGGCGAUAAAGUUCCAUUAUUUGUUAGAGAAUCUCACUUUAAAUUACCAUCUGCCGCCACCGAACAAAAACCUGUCAUUAUGGUUGGUCCUGGUACUGGUUUAGCUCCUUUCAGAGGUUUCCUUCAAGAAUUACAACAUAGAAAUCAUUCACAACAACAACAAUCACUCUUAUUCUUUGGUUGUCGUUCCGAUACAGUCGACUAUAUUUACAGAGAAGAGUUGGAACAAUAUCAUCAAUCCUCAGUUUUAGGUGAUUUGGUUGUAGCUUUCUCAAGAAAAACUUCUCAAAAAGUUUAUGUACAAAAUAAAUUAUUGGAGCAUAAAGAAAAGGUUUGGGAGUUAUUAAAUAAAGGUGCCUACUUUUACGUUUGUGGUGAUGGUAGAAAUAUGUCCAAAGCUGUACAACAAGCCCUCUUAUCAAUCAUUAAAGAAUUUGGUUCAAAAGAUGAUAACUCUGCUCAACAAUUCAUUGACGAUAUGAGUUCUCAUGGUAGAUAUUUACAAGAUGUUUGGUUUUAA